AUGGAAUGGCGCAGCGGGGACGCAACGUGGAACCCGCCGCGCUCGGAACGCGGACCGAGCGGCUCGGCGGGCCAGGCGGCAGCACAAGGGGAGAGUGCAGACCAGGCGAGAGAGACCCCCGGAAAGCGCCGGCGCAGGAGGUUCGCCGGACAGCAAGUCUGCCAGGUACAGGGCUGCCCAGAGCCGCUGGAGUCUCCAUACCACAAGAAGUACAAGAUCUGCCCCAUCCAUCUGCACAUCGGCUCCAUCGUCCUCGAGGGCAGCCGGGCCCGCUUCUGCCAAAAGUGCGGCCACUUCCAGCCGCUGCCCGACUUUGAAGGCGAGCGCAAGUCGUGCCGGGCAGCCCUGGAGCGCCACUCACUGCGCCAGCGCCUGAGGAAAGCCAAGCCUACCGGCGGCGGCGCUGGCAGCGGCGGCGGCACCGGCAGCAGCGGCGGCAGCGGCGGCGGCACCAGCACCCCCUCCGCGUCCCUGUUCAGCAGCAACGACGGCAGCGCCCGGCAGCAGCAGCAGCAGCCCGCGAGCGGCUCGGCCUCGCCGCCGCCGCUCCCUCCGCAGCCCAGCCAGGUGCAUCAGGUGCAGCAGGUGCAGCAGGUGCAGCAGGCGCCCCUGCCAGACCCGUCUCUGUCAGGCCACAGGGAGGGAGAGGCCGCAGCCUCCAUGCCACCCUCCGCAGCCGCCGCAGCCGCCGGGGCCGCGCCCGGCGAGGCGGCCCUGCCCGCUGGGAGCACCCCUGGCAGCGCAAGCGGCGAGGCGGGGCGCGAGAGGGCGGGGGAUGCUGUGCUCGCAGUGCCACAGGCGGCAGAUGUCCUGCUCACAGCACCGCAGGCGGCAGCGGCUGCCGGGCCAGGCGGCGGCACGGCCGCGGGCCCCUCGGCGGCGCCGGGCGCGGCCCCGGAGCCCGCCCCGGAGCGGUACGUGUCGCCGGCCCAGCUGUACCGCCUCUCCCUCAAGAUCUUUGGCUGCACUCCGGACAUGCUGGCCCCAGACAUCCUGCGGGAGCUGCUCGCCUCGCUGGCGAUCUUCCCAGAACUGGUGGAGGCGGCGCUGCUGCAAGCCCUGCGUGCCCCGCCGGCAGCCAGCCGUGUGCUGCUGCAGUGGCAGGGGCAGGUGGCCUGGGCUGCGGCCGGCGGCGGCGCAGCCGCCGCUGCCGCGCCCGGCUCCCUGGCCGAGCCUCGUCUGCAGGUGCAGCCGGCGUGCAUUGCGGCGCCUGCAGCCGGCUUGCCCUGGCCGCUGGUACGGCUGCAGCUGCUCGGCGGCACCCGCGCAGCCGGCCCGCCGGUAGCGCUGUGCCGCCAGGCGGGCCGGCACCUGCCCGUGGAGGCGUGGGGCGAGAGCGAGGCGGCCGCCGCCGCGGGGCUGGCAGCUGCGCGGGCAGCAGCGCUGGCAGCCGGCAGCAGCGGCAGCGGCAGCGGCAGCAGCAGCGACAGCAACGGCGAGGAAGAGCUCCCUGCGGCGGCCUUGGCGGCACCCCAGGAGGCAGCAGCCGUGCCGCCAGCCAUCCAGCCUGCCAGCCGUCCAUGGCAGCAGUGGGUGCGGCCUGUGGGGCUGUGCCCCGGCAGCUGCGAGCUGGAGGUGCAGCUGCCGCUGGCCGGCGCAGCCGCCGCAGCCGCCGGCGGCGACGGCGGCGUGCUGCUCAGCAGCCCGGCGCCGCUGCUGGUGCUGCAGGAUGCGGCGGCGGCGGCGGAGGUGCAGCGGCUGGUGCAGUGCAGCGGCGGGCCGGGCGCGCAGGCUCUGGACAAUCUGCUGCGUGACGUUGGCCUGGCCGCUGCUCUGCUGGAGGAAGGGAGGGAGCAGGGGGCCGACGAGCCCGCAGCGCCGCCGCUGCCGCCCGCCGUCGUGGCGGCCGCCGCCUGCGCGGCUGCUGGCUUUGCGCAGCGGCACGGCAUGCCGUCGCUGCAGCGCUUGCUGCUGACGGCUGCGGCCGCGGCAGGCUCUGCGACACCUGCCCAGCCACCCGCCUCGGAGCAAGACGAGGAGCUGAGUGCUGCGCUGUCAUUAGAAGUGGCCAAGGGCAAGGCGGAGGAGGGAGAUCAGGGGCCGCUGCUGUCGGACAGGCAGCAGGCCGCGCUGCUCUCCUCGCAGGCGGCACGCCGCACAGAGUGCAUGAAGCGAGAUGUGGAGAGCUUGGAAGUGCAGGAGUGGCCCGGCGCGCGUGGCGCCGCCCGGGGCGCCUUGGCUGGGCCGCGCCUGCAGCGGCUGUGCGCCGCGCUGCUCGCCCUGUUUCUGGCCCUGCUGCUGGUGCGCCUGCUCCUGUAG